UUGCUAGUACUCCGUAAACAAAAGCAGAUGUUGCAGACUGGGAUCAUAUUUUCAGGUCUGACCCUUGCUAUAGCGUUUAUUUCUUACAUCGUGUUUCCAUAUGAUCAAACAAACGAUACUUGCUGGCAAGAUACGAUCUCUGGAGAGGGUGUUAUAAAAUGUAAACCACGGUGUAAGUCCGGAUGGUUUGGAUUGGCGGGAAUGCAUAGCUGCCAUGCGAUGCUUAGGUGUACAGAUUGGAGUGACGUUAAAAUAGACGAAGAGGACAUUAUCGGUCAUGGCCUUGUGAAAAAGGUAUACAAGGGAAGAUGGAAGGACUUCGAUAUAGUGGCUAACAAACUUUCUGACGACCUCUACCAGUCUGACUUUGAUCACGGUUGGCGCAUGCUCACUGGUUUUCAACCCUCUCCACUAGUCGUCCAGGCUGUUGGCCGAUGUAACAACACUUUCUUAAGUGAAUACCAUCAGCGCCAAUCCGCAAGGAACAUCCACUCUGUCCUCCAAGACUUCUUCAAAGAUGCGGCAACGUCUUCUGAGAGAGAAGUAGCGACCAGGUUUAAUUUAUGCAUAAACUAUGUAGAAAUUAUACAUUUUCUUCACAAUAGCCCAUUAGGCGUCAGGGUGAUGUGCGAUACGAAUGAUCUUCAGAAGACGUUAGACCAAUAUUUGAUAACAGACGACCUUCAUCUCGUGGUCAAUGAUCUUGACGCCUUGCCGGAAGUGAUCCGCUCAAAUGGCACGCUGGUCAAAUGUGGUAGGAGAGAAGUGUUUGGUGAGUUUGCAGCUCCGGAACAAACAUGGCCGUAUGAAAAUGAGACAUUUGAUGAGGAACGGAUGCCUCCUUACGACGAAAAAACAGAUAUUUGGAAAAUCCCAGACGUUUGUAACUACUUUUUACAGGACGUUAAGGAUUCAAGAGGAAUAAGGUUACGUCUUCUUACAGUUCACCAGAGUUGUAAAGAGCUUCACCCACAGUUCCGUCCUACUGCCAGUGAGGUACUACAGAAGUAUCGACAAAUUAUGGAUUCGUACAUCACAUGGCUUUAAAAACUAUUACUUGACAUUUUAGUGAAGUAUAAUGUGGCAACCUGGCCACAGUCUUAGUAGUUCGAAUUCUCCGAAAAGGCUAUAAAUUAAUUAAUAGGUUCAAAGAUCGGGUGGGAUUCAGAAAAACUGAUCGCAUUUAUCAUUUUCUUUGCACAUUCCUUAUCUGUCCCACGUGAAUCACACCUUCCCCAUACACGCGAGUGUGGCUGGUAUAACAGCCAUGAAGUAUAACUUGAGAUUACGACGUAGAUAGAUUACUCAGGAAUGCAUCAGGAGGUUAGCAUAACUGUGCAAUGUGUAUAUCGUUUUCUUUCAUUUGU